AUGGGUAAACGAUCUCAUACUCUCUUUCCAGGAUUGCAAACCAAGAGAGAUAUGCAGAAUACAAAGCGACUCUAUAUUGCAAGGAAGAAUGUUCUCACCGUACUGCAGUAUGGCAAAGUGAUGCCGUUCAACUGGAAUACAUCAGGAUUCAGGUGUUUCUACUGCGGGAAAGUUAUGAGGGAUUGUAUUACACUCCGUGAGCACACAGAAUCGAAACACGAUUUAGUAGACCUGGAAAAUUGUAUACCAAAGAAAAUAAUAACGAAAGAUGUCCCCGUUAAAAUUGAUGUCACCAAUAUAUCUUGCAAACUGUGUCCAAAUAAUACACUGAAUAAUCUUGAAGAACUUAUAUCGCAUAUAACAGCAGUACAUGAAGAAGAAUAUGACGAUACAGCAGGAGUUUGCUUCUUCCCCUUCAAUCUAAAGAAAGACAUUAUGCAUUGCGUAAUCUGUGACACUGAAUUUGACAAUUUCACCUCUUUAAUGCGACAUAUGAACAAGGAACAUAUCACGCAUGAAUAUAUUUGUCAAGUUUGCGGAUUGAGUUUCAUUGACAGUAUACGCCUUAAGCGUCACAUUACCCAUUGUCAUGUUGGACAUCGUUGCAGCUUAUGCGGGAAACUCUUUGAGGCUUCUCAUAAAUUGGAUUGGCACAGACAGAGGAUCCAUGGUCAAGUCAAAACUCACGAAUGCAAUCUGUGCAGUGCGACAUUUGAUAAUAACUAUCAAGUGAAAGUGCAUAUGGGGAAAGCGCAUAAUGUAGAGAAAUAUAGGAUUAAAUGUGAUUAUUGCCCGAAGAUUUGCACGACGAAAGGCGCUAUGGUGUUACAUGUGCAAAGUCUGCAUUCUGAUGUGCGUUAUGAAUGUGAUCUGUGCGAAUAUAAAACGGCUAUUAAAUGGAUGAUCAAACUCCACAGGAGGAAACAUUUUGGGGAGAAGAAUUACGCUUGUAGUAUUUGCGACAAAAAGUUUGGUAGAUCGAGCAAUUUGCGUGCGCAUAUGAAAGUACAUACAGGCCAGAACGGGCGUGUGUGUAGACGGUGUCAUAAAGGAUUUACCGAUUUUGAGGCGCUAAGAGAACCUAGAGGUGGCCAGAAAUCAACGAAAUCAAAGAACACACAAAAAAUAGACAAGGCAGAAGAGAGCGAGACAGUUGUAGACACCACAAGGAAAUCGCCACUGACAUCAAAGGAGAAACAGAAAAUAAUGAGAUUGAACGUGAUUCAAGUAUUAAUAAAGACAACAGUAAUGCCGUUUCGUUGGUUAAAGAGUUCCUAUAGGUGCUUCUAUUGUUACGACAUAUUUCAAGAAGUAAAUGAACUCAAAAACCAUCAGCAAACGCACACCGGUGACGAGAUAAAGGAGCAAACGAUGAACAACUAUUGGGAGCCUAUAGUAUACGUUGAUAUAUCAAAUUUAUCCUGCAAACUGUGUCCUGAUACUAUAACUGACUUAUAUGACGUAAUAGAUCAUUUAGUCGAUAAGCAUAAUGUCGUUUAUAAUAAAGAUAUAGGGAUAUGCAUGGUAGCAUUCAAAUUAGGUAAUCUCUCAGUCGAUUGUUUAGCGUGCGGCGCUACUUUUUACACUUUCGGGCCUUUACUUCACCAUACAAACAAAGACCAUAAAGGCACCUCGGCAAUACUUUGCGAUGUCUGCGGGCAGCAUUUCAAAGAUGCCCAUCUUUUGCGUCUUCACGUGAAAUCUGUACAUGAGAACACAGGGUUACUUUGUCCGGAGUGUGGCGAGAAAUUUGAAACUAGAUCAAAGUUAAGAACCCAUCAGAAGAACCAGCACGAUAUGAACAGUAAACAUAAAUGUUUGGUGUGCUCCCAAACGUUCUCAAGUCAUUACAUGAGGUCUAGGCAUAUGGCUGCUGAACACAAGAACCGCGAGGAAGUGAAGUGCUUGCACUGUCCGAAGACGUUUGUCUUUCGGAGCAUGAUGAUGACUCAUGUACGCGAUACACAUUUAAAAGUGAGGAAUCACGUUUGUGGAGUGUGUGGUUGGAAGGCUUUUAACAGUCAUCGCCUCAAGAACCACAUGUACAAACACAGUGGCGAGAAGAACUUCAAAUGCGAGGCUUGUGGGAAAGCGUUUACAACUAAAAAGAUUAUGCGGGCUCAUUACCUGCGCAUGCAUAAAAAUACACAACCUCAAGCGAUUGUAUAUGAAAAUUCGAUAAAUCCUUACGUUGCACCUUAG